CCCCUGCUCAGGCAAGAAACCCUAUACCAUUUCAGACAAAUGGCUGUCCAGUCUCUUCUUAAAAAAGAGCAGAGGAUAAGAGGCAAACAGCAAAAUGACUUUCAUGAUACAAGCCCCAGAUCUUUUGUAUGUGUGUUGCAAUGUUUUACAUGUGUAUGGAAGAAAUGGAGUUUUUGCAUAAUAACAUUAGUAUUCUUCAUUCUGACCAAACUGUCAAAUUCUACUAAUAUUUCUGAACAAAAGCACGUGAUCUGCAAAUGACCUACCAGGAGGUUUGUUGGUACAUAUGUACACACAUUCAUGCAUAUCAUCAUACUGUUUACCUAACAUUAUGCAAAAGGGAAAAAGGAGAAAAAAAAACAGUAACCAAUAGAAUUAAAGGCCUGACACAUAAAAGAAAAGGAAACAUCAUCAAAAUUAUUUACUCCAACACCGUUCCCUGUACCGCAUCAUACCUUUCUAUCCUUGUAAACUAUCCUUCUUCCACUGCAUCCAUACAUUUAUUUGUACAUUGCCUUUGUAUAUUAAAAUUCUCCCUUUUCUUUUUGAGAUUCUCAUUGAUUCUGUCCAACUAUAACUUUCUCUUAUUUGUUAAGAAUUCCAUUUAUUUUGAUGCAUGCUUCACUUCCAUUGUAUGGUGCUUUUUAUUGCAUCCAGCAAUAAAUUUUCAGCUCAACAUGCACGUAAAAUGUUCUCUUUUACAGGUAGUUCUUGACUUAUGAUUGCAAAUGAAUAUGGAAUUAUAGUCAUUGCAGUCAUUAAGCGAGUUACUGUGACUGAACCUGUUUUUAUGACAUUUUUUUUUUUGCAGUAGUUGUUAAACAAAUUCAUUUUCCCCAGUGAAACUGGAAUUAAAUUCCAGAAACCAGCAAAAAGAAUAUAUCAAAAAUUGUAGUCAUGUGACUUUGGGACACUAUACAGCUGUAAAUGUGAAUUGGUUGCCAAAAUUCAAUCAUAUGACCGCAUGUGUAGGGGUGGCCAUUGUAACUUCAAAAUCAGCUUUGGGAGGGGAGGGGUCUGUUAUCAUACAGUCAAUAAAUGACCAGUUGUAACUCAAGGACUACCUAUACUGCUAUUACAAUGCCACUUCCUUCUCUUAUUUUCCUUAGCUUUGAAAACUUUUAAUACUUUUGUUGUGUCCCUUACUUCUGUUUCAUUAUUUAAAUGUUACUGUAAGUUUAGACAUUGCAAGGUAUAUAACAGUUUAGCCCAUUCUCCACUAUGCAAACUAUAUCCAUUUUACCCCAUGAGCUUGCUCUUAACACUGUUACGAGUUUGGUCAUUCUGAUUACUGUGAAACAGUCUAUCGCUAGGCAACCGAUGGAUGGUCAGGAAUUAAACAAAGAAUAUUAAUGUUCCUUAAUGGCUUAAAAACUCUUUUCUAUGCCUUUGGGAUGGGGAAUGACACCAUUGGGUUAAUAAGGGGGAAGGAAAGAGAUUAUUUUAGAAAGUCUAAAUGUGGACAAAGGAAGUAUUUAGAUAAGUUAGUGAAGGUUUGCUUUUUUUUGUUCUAGUGUUUUUUCAGGAACCUAAAGCAAGGUAGGUUGUUUAUACUUCUUUUUAGGAAUGUUUUUGCUUUCAUUAGUUCUUAGCAUUUCUAAGAAGAGUUCUGCUACUAAUUAGCCCAAAUAUCUUGCUUUUUGAUAAAACAGCAAAGAGCACAUGCUCACAAUCAUGAUUCUAGAUGCCAUCCUUGAAUACAUGCUUUAAUGAAUGCCACUAUUUUCAAUUUUCUUCAAGUCAAGGAGUUGAGAGACUUGUAGACUGGCACGUAAGAGGAGAUUAAAAAUAUUGUUCCUGUAUGUUAAAUUUAGUCACCGCACUGUUUCAUGUCAUCAAACAAUCCGAAAAGUACUUUAACUCCUGGAACUUUCUGCAAUGGCCAUGCUUGUCUGGGAAAUUCUUGGAGGUUAAGUCAACUUAUUUGGAAGUUACCAAGACUGGGAAGCACUAGACUAAAGAUCCAUUUCCUUCUUAACCAUGAAGAUGACAAGUUGAUGCUGGACCAAUGAUACUAUAGCCUGGUUGUUGAGAGAUCCCUAAUAUAAAGGUUGUAUCUUUUAAAUUUUUAAAAAAUAAUGGGCUGAAUGAUGAAAUUGGAUCUUAGAGAUUUUGAAAAAAGCAGCCUUUCCCAACCUGAGGGCUCCCAGAUGUGUUACUUUGUGUUAUCACUGUCUUGUGUAUAAUGUAUGUCAGGCCAUCUAGAAAAGACAUACUUAGGAUCUCCACUUGAAGUAAGAGGAUAUGAGAAAGAAAAGCAGAGUUUUUCAAUACAUUGAAAAUACAUUGAAUCCAGAUUCAUACUUAGCCUUCUUACUUCUGACUUUCAGAAAAACCUUUAAAAAAAUCUUUUCUUUUUAAGCAGUCUUUUGGCAAAUUUUCAACUUUCAUAUGAAUGGUGAACAUCUGCAUUUAUUUUAAUCUGAUUCAAUUAAAGUUUUGAAUUAUUUUCUGGGAGAUUGCUAUUUAGGAUUCUUCUGUUAAUAGCCUAGAGUUGCCUGAUGGGGCAAUGUAAAAUUAUUAAUAUAUUGUUGUGUUAUCUAUACUAUAGUUUAUUAUACUAUACCUAUAAAUUGAUGUGUUCAGUUAUUAUUAUCAUCACCUCCACCCCUUUGCCUGCUAUAUUAGAUGGUAUCACUUUGGAAGAAAGCUGCCUUAGAUUUUCUGCUUAGCAAUAAAGAUUCCUCGGUGACCUAUCUCACAGACUGAUUUUAUCACACAGUGCUGUUAUGAAAAUAGAUGUUUGAGUUAGCAUAAAAUAUGAAAAGUUAAUACAGUAUACAAAAAUAGAACAACUUUGCUAACAUCAAUUCUUUUUUGCUGAUGCUAUCUAAAGAAUUUUAAAUUGACAUUGAUAGAUAUUUUCCCAAUCAUAGUUAUAUCCCAGUGUUCAAUUUUUUAAAAGUACUUCCAAAUACAUAUAAAGUUACAUGACACCCCCACCUUCCCUUCUGCACUUAACCAAUAGAAGGAAAUAAUUUUAGGAGCAGUUCGUCAUUCACAAUCAAGGAUGAUUUCUAAAACACUUUACUAAUAGAAAGUGCAAAAGAUAAUACUCUGCCUCUAGGAAUUGGGAGGAGGGAGCCCUGAAUCACAUUCAAUUAUUACUAUAUCUUGAUUAUUUACAUCAUCGCUCAAACCAGGAAGGCACUUUGCAAAAGCCGUCGACGUUUCCCGGCGCUGCGGGCUCUUUGGAGAGGAGCCCUCAACUGAACUACAGUACAGAAUUUGGCUUCGCUCCGCCUUUCUCCUCCCGAGCGAGGCGGAGGUGGUGGGGCUGCCCCGCUAUUUUCCUGCUUUCUGCGCGUGUUGGAAAAGUGGCGCCUGAAGCCAAGGAAGGGGAGGGGAGGGGAGGGGAGAGAGAAGGGAACAGAAGGAAAGUAAAGCAGAAUCCCACUCCCAGCCUCGCUCUGGAAGGUAGUCUGGGCCUUCUUCUUUUCCUCCUCCCUUCGGAAAGCAACGGAGGGAGGGCGGGAGGAGGGCUUACCCAGCACAUGCGAAGCAGUUUGGAUUCUAAGAGGAGGGGAAAGAGGAGGAGGAGCUGGACGAAAGUGGUGCCCGUCUCGGUGCGGGUUUUGCUGCUCUAAGUUCCUCUUCCAAGCCUGCUGCUGCUGCCGCUGCUGGUCUUAUGAAAGCCUGUGUCAUCGCGCCUAACUGGGGCGAGAGCAGGGGAGGAAAAUCCCUGCCAGCCAAAUUUGGCACUGGAGGAGGAGGAGAAGGACUUCGACCACGGCGAGGGAGAAGAAAUGCCAUCUUCAGUGAUUUGUGGCGCCUGCUGAAACGGGCGAGCCAGCCAAGCUCUGCUGCCAGGCGCAGUCUGACGCUGCCCAACUCCGGAGUGGCUGAGCUCGAAAUGCCACCGAAGGAGCGGCGCCUUUUCCGACUCGGCGCGUGAACGGCCCUCCCAAUCCUCUUCUCCCCCUCCCUUUUCCCUGCUCGGCUUUCCCUCUGUCUAAAAUGACGAUCGGCUCGGAAACCUCAUCAUGGCCAACGGGACGGGGGCGGCGGCGACAGUCAUGCUGAAGUGCGUGGUGAUCGGCGACGGAGCGGUGGGCAAAACUUGCCUGCUCAUGAGCUAUGCCAACGACGCCUUCCCGGAGGAGUAUGUGCCCACAGUCUUUGACCAUUACGCAGUCAGUGUGACAGUUGGGGGCAAGCAAUACCUUCUUGGGCUUUAUGACACUGCUGGACAGGAAGACUAUGAUCGCCUCAGACCGCUGUCAUACCCCAUGACUGAUGUUUUCCUCAUCUGUUUCUCUGUGGUAAAUCCGGCUUCUUUUCAGAAUGUGAAGGAGGAAUGGGUACCAGAACUUAAAGAAUAUGCACCAAACGUACCUUAUUUAUUGGUUGGAACCCAGAUUGAUCUUCGUGACGAUCCUAAAACAUUAGCAAGGCUAAAUGACAUGAAAGAAAAACCAAUAUCUAUGGAGCAAGGUGUUAAAUUAGCAAAAGAGGAGCCUAUUGCUAUGUGGAAUGCUCAGCUUUAACACAGAAAGGAUUGAAGACUGUUUUUGAUGAAGCCAUUAUAGCCAUUCUAACUCCAAAGAAACACACAAUGAAAAAGAGAAUAGGUUCAAGAUGCAUUAAUUGCUGCUUGAUUACAUGAGAGCUGCUGGACAAUGGCCACGAGUACUGUGAAACUUCUGACACUGUGCAAAUGUACACUUCAAGACAGCAACAGCUUAUUGAGAAAUCCACUGACUGACAGGGAAGCGGAUUUUAGGAACUGGCAUUUUAUGAAACCCAGAGGGGGAGGGAGAAAAUCACAAAUAUGUAAAGAAGCAGGCACCAUCUACUGUGAAGAUUUUAUUCAUAUGGGAAGGAAUGUACAAUCUCUCAGGGGUCAUGUAGUUUAGGACAUACAACAAAUGUAUGAUCAAAUUGCCAGUGCAUGUUGACCAUGCUGUAAAAAAGAAGAGUAAAGCCCAACAAUGCUCUGAAAAGAUAUGGAAAGCCUUUUGCUUUGGCCAUACCCCUGUGCAAUCUUCAUGGAAUCUCACAAUCAAAAUGCCUUUCCUCCUUGCGCCAGUUAUCUGCUUUUGUAUGUAAGCUGCUUCCUAUUCCAAUAUAUCCAUAAAGAUGCAAUAAAGAGACCGGCCACAUACCCAAAGGUGGCUCCAAGUGAACAGGAAAUGGGCCACACCUGAAAGAGGAAAAUGCUGCAUUAGAAGAAGAAAAGGAUGAUCUUCAAUGAGCACAAGUUUUUGGUAUAACUGAAAGACAUCAAAAUGGGGCACAGAAUCCUUUGCAAGGCUUGACAUGCUUUUACUGAAAAUGGUUAAAAAAAAUGGUAAUAGCCAUCAAACAUUUGUUAGGACUAUGAACAAUUGUACAGUUUUAAAACUUCUGUGCAUUAAAGUGUAACUAGCUGGUGGCUAUUCCAUAUGAUGCUUGAUCAAAAUCAGGUAAGAAAUAUGUGGUGCAUCUGUGGUCAGAGCAGUUGAUGUAUUCUUAUUUUCCAGUUAAUUUGCUAUUUUUUUAAGCGUUUCUCUCUCCUUUUUCAACUGUAUUCUUUCAGUCCUAGGAUAGCUGGGUAACAGAUUUGAUAUUGAAGCACAACUGAAUGAAACAUUAAAGGAGACCAUAAAUCAAAGGGAAGGGCAGGGGCACAAAUCAUAAUGACUGCUUCAUGCAAUGACCUUUCACUGCAAUAGCAAUGAAUAUUUGCAAGGUAAAGUUCUGCUAUCAUGCUAGAAAGCAUAUUGAAUUAGAUCUAAGCAUCUAUCUUCUGUGGAUAGAAGAUUCUCCAUCACUGGCGACUUCUGAUCCAGGAGAAGAAUGGAAGAACUGCUGGUCUUUCCCAAUUCACCCCUUUUCCUAUAGUCUUCUAAAGCUGCUUAUGGUCCACAAUAUUAGGGAAAUGGAACUGGGUUCUAUACUGAAAUGCCCCAUUAUACCAGCAAGAGAAAUAUGAGCAGGAGUUAGUUCAGAGAAUGCUCCCAUGGUUGGAACUAGAUCCAGCCAUCGUAAAACAGUUGAUCUCUCUUUUUUAACUCUUCCUACCUCUCGGUGCUGUUCUUAAAUGAAAUUAAUUGACAUUAAUUCUGAAGUAUUUUUGCUGCUUGUGUAUUAUACAGGCACUUGGAAUUCCAAGUUAGUUAGAUAAAGUGGAACUGCAGUUAAUAUCCCAAUAUUCCUAUGUGUUUAGUCAAUAUCUGAAAAAUGUAAGGAUGAAAAUUCUGGGAGCAUUGCCAAAUGUGCAGUUCCCGAGUUAGUAUUACACAGCUGAAACAUGGCAGCAAAACCCCCCAUUUAUGCAGCACUAACUGAAUUUAAGCCUUAAAACUAUACUCCAAAUCUGUUUGUGAUGGGUGAAAUCAGAAGUAGCUAGCCAGAUCCAUUCAGAACAAAAUAAAGACACUACUCCACUUGUAUAUAAGAACUCAGCCUAUCAGUCAGGGACUUAAACAAGCCAGCUAAUUGAUCAACUGAAAUGGAAUCUGAAUAAAACAAAAUAGCUUUACGGAGAAAAGGCAUAUUUGUUAUUUUCAAAAAAAUUAAAACAUCACACACACAAAGUUAAAAUUAAAAAGUUGGUCAAUUAUGCAGGGUACCUUUUUAGCCAAUAAAAUAGUUUUGAUUGGUUUCACUGAUUAACUCACAAAAUGUCAUUGUAAUAAAAAUGAAUACAUUGCAAAUGAAUGCUGCUUUAAAUUCCAAUGGAUAUGCAAUCAGUUGAGUUCCUUAAUUAGGCAUGGUGUUAUUUUGAUCACUUUUUUCUCUUGAAGUGAAAUCCAGUCCAAGCUAUCGUUAUUGGGCAAGGCAGGAAAUAUUUGCUGCUUAACAUAGAUGGAAUUCUAAAAAGAGAAUUUUUAUAUGUAGCUCUAUGGAGGAGUUUUCCUCUUUCGUUUUUGCUGCUCAACCAUGGCAAGAGGAAGGGGUUGCUGGCACAGAAGGAAUGGAUGGGUUGAGGUUCAGCAGGACCCCAUUUUUACCAUUAUGAAUGUGUCCUGCAGCUGCAAAUUCAUUAUUAAAGCAUAUUGAAAAUGAUUUAAAUUUUAAAAUGAGUUAAAAGUUUAUUAAGGCCUAUUCAGAUUUGAAAUCUACAAGCUAUAAAUAUAAAGAUAUUUCAGUGAGCAUUUUUAAGAACAUUAGACUCGAGCGGGCUACUUACCCCCAUUUUGAUACAAAAGAUAAAAUUAAUUGCAGAUGGGAAUAUUAACAGAAAAGUAGACAAGGGAUAUGAAAGCACAUUAAGAGGCAUUGGCUCAUAGUUCUUUUGUCUGAACUCUAUGUGUGAGAAAAAAGAGGAACGGGCUAGCUAGUUCAACUCUUCCUUCAUGCUCUUGUUGCUUCCUCCACAUUGAAGUCAAUUGUUCAAAGAUUCUGUAACCCACAGAAGAGUCUUGCUCUACAGCUGUCCUUCCCAUAUAAAAGGUAAUGAGAAUGGGGAAGGAAGGGUUUGUUCAUGCCACCUCUGUCUAUAUACACACACACAUACACACACACAAACAACUACAUAAGGGCCAUUGAAUAGGGCUACUUCUUUCGUAGCAAGCCUAUAUUUAUUUCCACUCUGCUGAUUGCUGAGCCUCUCGUAGCAAAGGGACUCUUAACCUAUGAAUGCAAACUGCUGUCACAAUAGCCUUUCUUGGAUGAUUCACAUUCUGCUCUAAGCUAGCUACUCUAAAAUGAUUCUUGGAAUGAUGAACUUGUGGCCAAAAACCAACUUUGUGCAAAGACACAGCUCCUGCAUGCACAUAGUGUAAAUAAUCUGACCUGAAGAACUGGGAAUGUCUUGCACUCACUUUUAGAGUUGCAGAUAUAACAUUGCAGCAAUCUUAGUUAUCUGCUCCAAUCUAAAAGUUAUCAUUGUGUGUUCUUAAUAUGGACAAUAUGCAGUAAUCCAUACUAUUUCUAUGGUAUUAAAAGUAUGGAACAGAUAUUUUCAACAAUCAUCCCAAUGUCAGUAGACCCCUUAGUACACGGGUGUCAAAUUCGCCAUGUCAUGUGAUGUGUUACGACAUAUCGCAACUCUUUUUGCGUUGCCAACAAUGGGGUGGGCGCGGCUUCGGUAUAAUGAAACCAGCCCGCGGGCCGGCAGUUUGACACCCCUGCCUUAGUACAUCAGUGGGCUGACCUGUAGAUUUCUUUCAGCUAUUUUCAUGUAAUACUCUACAAUUAAAUCUCUUAGGACAACAACUCUCAUGGUUCUCAGCUAUUAUGAUUAGGAAUUUGGCUCUUGCAAUGAAAUACAUCCAAAGAAUUGUACAUUCAGGUUUGAAAACUGAUAUACUUGCUUGGGGGUUCAUACAGACAACUAUUUACUAGAAUUUAUUUUAUAUAUGUGUAAGGCAAUGCCCAGUUAGACAAAUCAGAGAACUGCUAUCCAGUUCCAUGAACUUUAACUUACUUGAACCACUCUUUGUUCAAGUAAAAGGUAAAAGUAAAACAAGUAAAUGGCUUGAGAAAACUUUCUCGAUACCAAAGGUUUACUUUGAUAAAGAUUUUUAAACACUGAGGGAAAAUUAAAGGCUAAAUUAUUUGAUUAAUGAAUUGACUUCAGUACCAAAACCUGUUGGCCCAGAUAGCAUAACAGAGGUCAUAUUUUAAUUUAAGAAAUUAAAUUAAGAAAAACACUAUGUUACAGUUUAUCUCUUCUCUUUUGUAGAAUGCUAUAGGUCCAGGCUAUCUUUACAGUGCUAUGCUAAGGUACAGGUAUACACUACGUAUAUUUCCUUAAUUGCACAAUUUACAAUCUUUUGUCUUUCCUCUUGUUUUUUAUUCAUCUUCCGGACUACAAAUGAAAUAUAUUCCAGGUAAUAUAAUGCAAAACAGUCUGUGUGGGGGUGGCAUUUAGCUCCUGUCUCCAGUUGCAAUAAGCACGCAUACCAACAAAUUCUAAAAUAUCUUUCCUUACUGUUGUUUUGGAAACACAAUUGACAGACAUUUGAGAUAUUCUUCUAUUCUACCUGGGGGGGGGGGCCUCCAGGUUGAUGAAAGCUUAUUUCAGUUUUGAAAAGAACAGGCAGGAAAAUGAGUCAACUUACUCCAUACGUUCUCCUAUCUGUUAAAAUUUUCCAUCAUAUUAUGCAGGUAGUCCUCAAUUUAUGUCCACAUUUGAGACUAGGAAAUUUCUCGUUAAAUGAUAUGGUUCUUAAGUGAAUACUGACUGCACCCAAUUUUUCUAUUUUUUUUUUUUUUUUGCCACGAUUGUUAAGCAAGCUAUCACAUGAUCGCAAUUUGCAACUUUCACUGCUGACUUUCCUAUUGACUUCGCUUGUUGGAAGCCAGCUGGGAAAGUCACAAAUUGUCAUCACUUGACUCCAGACCACUGCAACCAUUGUAAAUACAUGCCGGUUGACAAAUGCCCAAAUCGCAAUCAUGCGAUUUUUGGUACACUGCAGUGGUCAUAAGUGUGAGGACUGGUUGUAAGUCACUUUUUUCAGCACUCGUAACUUUGAACAGUUGCUAAACAAAUGGUGGUUAAGUCAAGGAUUACCUGUAAUGCAUCAAACCAACUCCUUUGUUUUUUGUAAUCUGUUUUGAUUUGAUCUUUUGCGCGCUUAAUCUUCAUAUCACUAAAUGUGCAUUUAGUGUUUUAUAUAUAGCAUUAUUUGAAGGUCUUCAGAAGAGCAGUCAAAAUAAUAAUAAUACGUUCAUGAGGUGCCUUAGGGACUCUUACUGACCUUGCUUUGGCCUUUUAUUUACAGCCUGAGAAAGGUCACCAUUUCAAUUUGUCAUGCCUGCUUUUCAAACCAAAGAUUUGCUUAUUCAUGUUUGGUAAUAUGGCACUGCAUAUUUUCUGCAGAAUGUUAAAUAGUGUAUAUUCAGUACUAACAAACUGCAUUAUUUGGUCUGGUGAAGGCUUAAUUUCUAAUGGACAUUUUCUUUCAAAAUAAAUUCAGUUUCUUCAGGAAUUAACCAGACAUUAAACAAUAAUAAAAAUAAUCUAGGCAAUGGUG